UGGAACGCCUGGGCGAUUUUAUUCUUACUUUCUCCCAUUCCCGAAAGAAAGUUCUGUUUUGAGAGUUUUAUUGUCGUUAUUUUCGACAUGGCAGGCACAAGCGGGAAAAAUGAUAACUUCAGAAGGACAUGGGACAGAGAAGAGUAUGAAAGGAAAGCUAAAGAACGAGCGCUGGAUGAUUCUGACGACGAGGAUGAUUCGAGUUCUAAACGGCGUCCAUCUGCCCCGGUGAAAAGAGAACUUCUAAAACGUAGAGGUUAUGAUGUAGAUCUUGAAGCCAACCUCGGAAAAUCGGUGGUGAUAACCAAAACAACGCCGCUUUCACACACUGGAGGAUAUUACUGCAAUGUCUGUGACUGUGUUGUCAAAGAUUCUGUGAAUUUUCUCGACCAUAUUAAUGGCAAAAAACAUCAGCGAAAUCUGGGUAUGUCUAUGAGAGUGGAACGGUCUUCUCUUGAUCAAGUCAAAAAACGUUUUGAGAUGAAUAAGAGAAAGAGAGAAGAAGAAAAGCAGAAAAAGGAAAAGGAGUAUGAUCUGGAGGAGAGAAUGGCUAUUUUGCGGGAAGAGGUAAGAUAUAGAGAGCUAACUAAUGUUGGGUUUGUCAGGAUCGAAAAUCGUGGUUGAAGAACAGAAGUCCACUUAGAAACAUCACUGAAAAAUAGACUGUGUAGUCUUGCACUGGGCAUGUUUAAAACUCGAAAUGGCGAAAUGACAAAAUGACUUACCUAAUUGUAGUAAAGAGAAGAUGUUUUUAACUUGUGGAUACCCAAAGGGUAUCUGCCAGUUGUUCUGAUGGGCUGCAAUAUGCAAAUUUGUCAUUCACUCAGGUGUGUACAUGUAGCUGUCAAAGUCAAAACAGCAUAUUGUCAUUGUUGCUGAAGUGCACUUUAAGUGAGUAGUAACUCACCCCACCUUGUAAAAGAACACAGGGAACAAGGUUGUUAUGCUCACGUUUGCUGCAGAAGCAUGAACACUCGCUGUUGAUGCUAUCAUUUCUGUGGGUCAUAUAUACAUUACAAGUGUCUCAAUCGUAAGCACUGAAAUAGUCAGGGCUCAAAGUUAACAACCAACUGGUCGCAUAUGCAACUGGAUUUUUAGUUUACGUGCCUAAAAACUCAUGUGUAAUGACACCUGUGCACCAUAAAAUCCAAAGCAUAGUGCAACUGACUUGCUUCCGACCAUACUUACGUACUUGAACUAGAAAGACGCUGAACAGUAGGUUCAAGCAAUGAAAGUAAAAGUAAGAUAGAAAUAGCACAACCAGUUCAUGUUUUGCGCACAGGAUUUUGGGAUCGCCAGGGGGCAAACAUUGCGAGUCGCUACAAAGAAUUGUAUGGCGUGGAGUUGUUUCUCCGUUAAAAGCAGUGUCUUUGGACAUAGAAUGCCGCACUUUGCCGUGAUUUUAUGAGAAAUGGAGGUGACUAAUGUUAGUGCGUUGAAAUUUCAAGUUUCUGUGUGAUUAAUGCGAUAAAUUCUAUCGAUAAACACUCCUUGUGUGAGGUUGAGUGUGAAAUUUAUGUUUACUGAAUUUACACAGUGAUCCACAUGAAGAAGAGGUCUCGAAAUGUAUAGUGCAAAUUUAGGUAUAAAUGUAGGGGGAUGGCUCAUUUAAGCUUUUUAGUUUUAAUUACGUGUGGUGAUAUUUACAACAAGUGUAACUACGCGCGGCCGCAAUCAGCUCUGUGCGGGUUAUGACGCUCAACAAUCGUAGGACGUGUCCAUAAAAAGAAAAAAUCCUCUUACUUUGGUAUAAACAAAGUAAUAUCUGCGAAAUAUUUCAUGGAAAGUACAUGUUAUUUAACCAUUAGUAGAUGGCGCAGAAAUCGUACGAACGAGUGAGAUUUCCGAUACAAUAGCAGUGAGUGUAUAAAUAAAUACCAAGUUGAUGUGCGAAAUUCAGAGAUUCUAUAUCUUCCCUCAAAAUGUUCAGAAAAGAGAUCAUGACAAAACAUUUCGCUUGUGUCUUUUUGGCUAGAAGGAAUCAGUAUACCAAUGUUUUUGCUUUUAAAGUUAAUACUGUACAUAUAAAAUUCGACAAUACAUAAGCUUACCUUCGAUCGUUGUCACAAACUGGCACAACGUUGUGUUUGCCGCCGAGCCGAACGUAAUUACACUCAUUGUAAAUGUCAGCACAUGUACUUACAACUGGAAAGGCUUAAUAAAUGAGUCCACAUUCCCCGCUCAUUUAUACCUGGUAAGUUAGUACUAUAUAUUUCGAGACCAUUCAGUAACUUUCACAGUCGACCUUCGCAAGAAGGAGUGUUUAUUGAUAGAUUUCAUCGCAUUGAUCCCGCAAAAACUUACAAUCAACGCACCAACAUUAGUCACCUCCACUUCUCAUAAAAUCACGGCAAAAUUCAGCAUUCUCUGUCCAAAAACACUGGUUUUAAAUGGAGAAACAGCUCCACGCCAUACAUUUCUUUGUAGCGACUUGCAAUGCUUGCCCCCUGGCGAUCCCAUAACCCUGUGCGCAUAACUAAGUCUCCGAUUACUGGAAAAUCAUUCAUUAUGCUACUAACGAAAGACUUGCUUUUUGCGCAAUGGGCAAUCAUGUCGAAAGUUCAGUUUUAAGGGCAAUCAAAUAAAAACGGGGCGUUUAGUAUACAAGAUCAAAUGCUGCGACUGCUAGGCUACUUACUUUGGUGAAACUGGCAGAAACUUUAGCACACGACUGACCAAACACAAACGAGCGUCGAGGAAUGGUGAUGGCAACAAUCACAUUACUGAGCACCAUUUACAGACGAAACAUCAAAUUGACUGGGACUCUGCAACAUGUAUUACGUAUUCUACAGACUACCAUCAACGACUUACUUUAGAAAGUUGGUUUACUAACUUAGAACAAACGCUACUGAAUCGUAGCCAACAGUUACCAGCGCCAUACAAAGGACUUAUUGACGAGAUCAAGCAAAACUAACUAUGAGAGAACGACUGCAGAACUAUUAAUUUGACUAACAAUAGACGACUGUUUAACUGUGACAAUAGACAAAUUGAAACGCACCAAUUACUGAUUAUGAGUCUUCAUAGCCAAUAACAUCAUGGCUUAACUGACAGACGACCAAUAACAUCGCAAUGUAAUUGACCAAUCAGUUCAAUGACCAGAGUAUAAUACUAUCAACUGACGUGAUACAACUCACUUUGACUCUGAAGGUGACUACCGCAUAGGUUGUUGAAACGUCAGUCACCGUUAACAACAACAGUCCUAUUCAGCACUACGUUCACCCGGACGAUCAAACUCAACCUACUUGUGAAAUGACUCCUGGGUUCAAAUCUUUCACAAUUAUAAGCUGUGCUCCUAAAAUUUUCAGCUGUGCGCCUAAAAUUUCGGCAGUGGGCCUAAAAAUUUACAUCUGGUAGCACAAGUGCUCCUAAACUCAAAUUUAAACUUUGAGCCCUGAAUAGUUUGAAUAAUAAAGAUAGAAUGGUGCCAGUAAAUUGCAUUAUUAACAUGGUUUAUUGUUUAUACUCCAUACUUCACAGUCUGUUUAAAAGGGGUUCUGGUAAAGAACAAAUCACAGUCUGGACUAAUGUCAUCUUCAAAGAUGUUUUAUGCUGAAAAGCUAGUAUCAUUUUCAGAAAACGGUAACAAUUAUUACAGUCAAGACAGGUCAAGCGUACCCUCCAAGAUUCUAUUAAUGACUUGAUUAUUUAAGAAAAGAAAUGAAUUUGUUAGUUGUUCCUGUAAUUGGUGUCAAAUUCAAUUCGGCAUUUCUGCAUGUGUAAUGAGCAGUGAAUAUGUUACAAGAACUUCUCUGUAUUUGGACAGAUUGAAAAUCUUUGAAUGGGUGAAAUUUCUUAGAAGACAUUUACAUCAAAUUCAGGAAAACUGAGCUGUUAGAAAUUUCCUAACUGCCUCGUGUGUGAAUUCACGCUCAUUAGGCAUGCAAGAAUACAGAGAUGAAUCUGAAAUCUACAAGGACCAAUGGAUUCAACUUUCGAAUAAUAAAUUCAUUACCCUCGGUAGUGAAAUCUUGGGGGGUACACUUGACCUGGCUUGACUGUAAUGUAUAAAAGAAACAAUCAACAUAGAACUUCCCUUGAAUUCCUAGUUGAGGCAGGCAGGUUGGAUUGAGUAACAAAAAAACUUAAGUAUUUUAUCAGGUGCCGAUCUACAAUACUCGUCAAAAAUCUUUGAAACAGAAACUGUUUCUCUUGAAUUGUCUCGAAAAUUUCUUACAUUCAUUAUUUACACCUUUGUUCUCAGCUCACUUGUGCCCCUCUCCUUCCCCUUUGUUGAGCCAUGCAUAUAUUGGAGCACUGAGACGAUUGUAGCACCCAAAUCAACAUUGGGAAAGGGGAAAUGCACGCAAGUGAACAUUCGAGAUUUCUUACAAGUAUUGUAGAAUAAAUACUGACCAAUCCCCUAAAUGAGUGCCGAAAGCACAUGCUACUAGGGGUUGUCCGGGGGUGUGCUCCCGGGGAAAUUGUUUGGAUGUUAAUCCCCCAAAGUCCCCUUUCCUGGGUUUCUGAGUCAUUCAUAAAGGAUAUUUACUGACUGUCCAAACUACUGUCCAGAUUUCAAGUUGGGAAGUUUUUUGUUUCUUUUAAAAUAUAUUAAUCAUAAAAAAUCUGACCGAUUUCUGCAAAACGUUGGAAGGGGGUGUGGAUCUGUGCCUGUUAUUAUGGUGCUAAGUUACAGGGAAUUGGAUGUUUACCAUACAAUGAAAGGAUAGGUUUUGAAUCACAGUAAAUACACAACAUCAAUGAAAUAGAAAUUUCUGUAUCAUUACAUUAUGAUUCUUUAUACAUGUAUGUGUUUCAUUGGCCUUCCUCUGGCCAGUUAGAAGCUAGAUAUCCUUUAAUGCAUAUUCCAUAUUAGCUACUUAGCAAACCUGCUUGGUUUAAGUGUCAUUUUAUGCUUGGUUCAAUCAAUCAUUAUCUUCUUUGUUAAUGAUAUAUGAAAUAAAUCAUAUAUGAACUGUGGAAAUAAAAUGAAAGUCAAGAAAUGAUCGGCGCAGUGAAUGCAAUUUAUGCAAUUGUGUAAAGAAGCCUGAAAAAAAUUCAGGACUUUUUUUUUUCAGGCUUCUUUAUGCAGUUGCAUAAAUUGCGUUCACUGUGACAAUUAUUUCUUCAUUUUCAUUAUCUUCUUUGUUUCAAACUCAUUAUCAGACACUGCUAUACCCUAAAGCAAAGGAAAUAAAAUGUGAACCACAACAUAUGUACAUCUGUCAUCUGAUCUAGACUAUCAAGGUGCCAGCUGUUCAAAUAUUCUCACAGCUGUUAGAAGAAAAUAUUUAAGAUGGAAUCCAUCAGGAAAUUGAGUAAUUUUAAUUUUCAGUGGACAGAAACCUUGUACCACAAUAAUUCAAAGCAUAUUGUAUUCAUUUUUACAUUUUUCAAGGGCUAAAGAUGGAAUUAGUCAUCUGUAAUAACACCAAAAAAAUUUCUUAUGGGAGCCCAAGAAAAUGAAUGUCAAAUUUCACAAAAUGGCACCUUACACAUGAAAUUUUCAGAAUUUUACCUGUGUUUUCACAAUUCUUGUGAAAAUUGAUUGGUUAAGCUACUACUAGGCUAUAUUUUAUAGCCCACUGGUAGCAAAAGCGCCAGCUUUUUGGCGGCAAAAAAGGAAUGAAGUCUAGCUUUAACCAGCUAAAGUUGUUUUGUCUCAAUAUUUUUGACCAACUAGUUGGAUUUUACUGAAACAAUAUUAUUCUUCUUGCCCUCAUGGCCUCUGAGUCAAUACACUGUAGCCUAUUCGGCUUUCAGCCUCAUGGGCUAUUGACUCAGAGCCCAUUCGGACUCGAGGAAUAAUAAUGUUAAAGAAUACUCCACACAUCAUCAGGUGAAAAGUUAUGAGAAGUGAUAAAAUGAUCAACAAGGAGAAGAUGCUUUGAUCUUUUAUCAAAUUCUCUCAACUUAUAUUGUUAAAGAAAUGUAUGGAGACUGUUCAGGAGAAUUUUCCUGUGAAUAUUAUCACAGACACUUUUCAACGUGUACUUCUCUGCAAUUACAAUAUAAACACCAAUGAAAUACCAAACCAUUUCACUUUAAUAGUUUUUUGGUGUGAAAGGCGUGAUUUAUUUUGUAGCCAUAGCAAAGGUUAUAUUUUCACAUGUGAAGGUAUCAAGUUUUCGCGCGAAAGCUCACCUGGUAUUUCAUUGGUGUUUGUAUAAUAAGCAUUGAUAUUAUUUCUCCUCAUUGUUUUUAUCUAAAGGAAGAGCAAAGGAGGCAACAUAGGAAGAUUGCACGGAAAGAAAAGAAACAGAAGACUGCUGUGGAUGAUGGAGAUAUUGAUCCAGAUCUGGCUGCUACCAUGGGAUUUUCUGGUUUUGGCAGCACCAAAAAAUAG